CGAUUUCACCGUUUCAAGUAAAACAUUUCAAAAAUUUCAAGCUCCAAACGAAAAACCAACCCACCCGCCCUUUUCCCGUCACAAAUUCUCUCUCUCUCUCUCUCAAUUUCUUCGCCCGCCCAAAAUCAAACCGCCACUUCAUACAAAACGCUUCCCCCAACACCCAUCUUGCCAAAUCCUUCCUUUCUCUCUUCCUUUCCACCAAAAACAAAAACAGAAGAAAAAAUGGCAGUUUCUUCCCCCAACACCCAAACCAACAAGAACAGUUCUCUCUCUUCCCACCAGAAAAAAACCCGUCACCGGUCUUCUCCCAAACGCAUGAAAUCACCAGCAAUUCACAUUGGCGGAGUUUCAACCCAAGACUCAGAUGGAAAGACUUGCCACCAGUGUCGGCAGAAAAUUUCAGGCUUAGCUGCUUCCUGCAAGAAUGUUAGGCACAAGCGUUGCACCAUUAAAAUCUGUCGCAAAUGCCUCCUGAACAGAUAUGGAGAGAAAGCCGAAGAGAUUGCCAAACUGGAUGAUUGGAAGUGCCCGAAAUGCAGAGGCGUCUGCAACUGCAGUAUCUGCAUGAAGAAAAGAGGUCACCAGCCGACUGGUGCCCUCACACAAGCUGCCAAGGAAACUGGUUUUUCUUCAGUUUUGGAAAUGCUGCAGCUCAAAGGCAAAGAAAGUUUGGCCAUUGAGAAGGCUGUAACAGAUUUGCACAGCUCUCCAAAUAAAUUGACUGUUACAAGCAAGGUGUUAAUUACUUCAAAAAGAAAGCAUGGGAAGGAAAACUCUUCUUUUGAUCCAAAUAUGCAACACAAGCCUUUACCAAGCAAUGGGGGAGUGAAAUUAAAGGCUGAGAUUGGAAGGAAGAAGGUAAAAAUUAAUGAUGGAAAAGGCAAUGCAUGUAUAGGCAGUGGCAAGGGUGCUGGCCUAAAGAAGAAGAAUGAUUUACAAGCAUGGAUUCAUGAGAAAAUUCAUGCGAGUCCCAUUGCAAAAGAUGAGAAGGUGAAUGGGAGUGAUGGUGUGUUGCUGGCUGGUGGUGAGAUAAAAGUGCCCAAUGGUGAAACCACUCCUGGUGCUGUAGUGAAGAGUGUGCUGCUGCCAGAAAAUUUCAAGCUGAAAAAACAUGCUAUGGGAAGCCACAGCAAAGAUGUAGAUGCAGAUGUUGUAUUGCCUCAAGGCCAUGAUUUAGUCACAGUCGGUGGUGUUGAUUUACCAGCUGAUGAUGUUGGACCGGCCUUGCAAUUUUUGGAAUUCUGCACUGCAUUUCGACAAGUACUUGAUUUGAAGAAAGGCCAGCCGGAAGCAAUCCUUCGAGAACUAACACGUGGGCGUGUUGGGCGUGGCGGAUUAUAUUCAGCAAUUGUUCAGUUUCACAUCAAAUUGCUGUCUUUCAUGCAAAAGGACUUUGGAGAAGAAUCUUUAUCAGAAUCAAUGAGCACUGGAAGUUCAUGGUUUCAAGCUCUUGGGAAAUGCAUCUCUGAAUCCCAAUUUGGAUCAAAGCAAUUUUCCUUGGAUUAUUUUAAUAGGGGUGUUGAUGGAUAUAGUAGGCUUGAUUCUUCGGAAAAGCUUAGAGUCUUGAAUUUUCUCUGUGAUGAGAUUCUUGGCACUGAACAGCUGAGGAAUUGGAUUGAUAAGGAAAAUUUGAAAUAUGUUGAAGGAAUGAAGGAAGCAAAAGCUAAAGUUCUGGCUGCCAAAGAAAAGGAGAAGCUUGUAAAGCAAAAGGUGAAGGAUGAGAUGGAACAAGCCCUUCUUUCUUCAAGAAAUGGUGCUCUUUCAGUUGUUGAGCAUGAGAAUAUUGUUUCGAAAAUGAAAAUUGAGACAGAGAAAGCUCAUGCUGAGAUGCUGGAGGCAAUGGCCAUGGCACCUAAAAAGAAACAAAUGUUGGACGCUGUCAGGACGGAGCCUAUUCUUUUAGAUGGAGGUGGUCGAAUCUAUUGGAGAUUGAGAAGCUAUUGUGAUAAAUCAUGUUUUAUACUUCAAGAUAUUGGGAAAUGGGAUUUGAUUACACCUCAAGACAAGUGGUUUAUCUAUGAUGAGGACCAACAAAAUGCGGUCGAGGAAUAUAUUUCUACUUUAAGAAAGAAGCAUAGGACGGUCACCAGUCCUAACACAGCGGCAUUUGGGAGCAAUGAUGUAAAAUUUAAAGCAUGACUAUCCAUGCGACUUGUCGUCUGCAAAAAGUGCAACAAUCAUGAUUUAGAGCAGAGAAGUAAAUGAUCAAGCAAUGGAGGGGAUGCAGGAAGUCUCUGUCAUGCAUUCUACUUCAAAUGUGUUAUCUAUGUUCACAGUAAAUUGUCAAGCUUACCACCUGAUUUGAAGAUGGGAGGGCACUCAUUUUGGUGCAACAAACAACCUCCAGCAUUUUUUUUGGAGCACUUGGGAUGGCUGUUUUCUCCUUUUGUGGGUGCUCUUCAUAUCUGGACCCUCUGGUGACUAGUAAAACUCACGGCUGAUUAUUUCACCAAUGUGUCUGAAAGUGUAGCAGUGUCUUAUUAAAGCAGAUAUUUUGUAAUCUCUCUAUCUUCCAAGGAAGGAUAAAAACAUGAAUACCAAUGUGCACUGAUAUGCAAGAUAUUUAAGUGGAAAUUGGAGAUUUAUUUUAUUUUUA